AUGCCGAAGCCCGGGAAGAGUGGUGCAAAGCACGGCUUAGAUGAAAAGGCGAUGGAUGAAGCGCUUGAACUGGACCUUGCUGCCGACCGCCGUCAUUUUGCUGCCAGCGUUUUCGAGCCAUCUCGGCGUCCUGACACACCUCCGCCAAGCCAUAUGCGCUUCUGCGUUUCGACCUCGUGCCGUCACCACCGCACCCGUUUCGACUCCUUUUCCACUAUUGACAGCGUCGAGGGCCCAGGGGAUGCUUGGAAGCGGCAGCUUGGUGAAUGUUCGGGAAGCGGUAGCCACCUCCGAUCGGGGAACGUCGUUUGCGUGUCGGAGGCGCAUGGAGAGACCGUGGAAGAGACAGAUCAUGAGAGUGCCGUGGAAGCUGUGAAAAAGGAGCCAGAGCAAUCCACCGAAAAGGCUUCUAGGAAGCGCAUGGCUGAUCCUGAGGAGGUUGCUGCUUCUCCGCCAAGCUUGGGAGAGCGCUUGAAGGCAUUUUUCGAGUGCUGCCGCAAGCCGUCGAAAGAUAUGUCUAACGAGACGAAGGAGGAACUGAAACACAGCGUGGAAAAUUUGGUUCUGGGACUGUCUGACUUGGAGGAAAAAGUGUCGAGGAUUCGGAUCUGGGAGGAUGGGCGGAAGAUGACGACUGUCUACAAUGCUGACCCCAAUGCUGACUCGGAUGAAGACGAGGAGCCGGAAUUCGGGGAUGUUUGCUAUGAACCCGUUUGGGAGAGUGAAGAGGACGCCGAGAAUCGUCCGGAAAUGGCUUUCGACUAUGGCAACGGUCUUCCCCCUAAUCACAGCGCCAGGGAA